CCCGUAGCGGUAUAGUUGAUGAUACGAAGGAUGCUAGUCAGAGGAAGAUGUAAGGUCUGAUGAACGCAGUCAAGUGGUCUUUCGUUCCUUCCUAACAAUAGUAACAAAACGUGCCUGUUAUAUUUGUUUGUUUGCUGCAAGUCAACCCUGGGGCUCCUCUCUGAUCCUGACCUUUUGGCUUUGUAGCAGUGUCCGAACCACUGACCCCUUUGUCUCUGCACUACACUUAUUCUCUCACACCAUGACCGACAGUCCAGGAGAUAUGGUAACUAUUCUUGGUACGCUCUCUGACUCGGAGCUAGGUACCUAUGCUAUGCAUCAGGCCAUGCGCCAUAUUUUACAGUCAAGGGAACAAGAAACAUAGGGCGAAAGAUAGAAGACAUUGUGGCUAUGCUAUACUACCAAGGGGUGCGCGAAAGUAUGCCUGCUGAGUUCUCUCCUGGAGCCGUAGCCACGCUCUGUCAAGUGGCCGCAUAGCCCACUCUUGAAGAGGCAUCGGUUGGUCAUAUUAUUGAUCGAGAUCGAGGGACAAAAUCCUUUCUGCCUGAGGAACUAACCAAGGCACUAACUUGGCCGCUAGUCCGAUUAUAGAACCUUUUUUGCCUCGUCGCCUCAGGCUCCACAGACGGAGACUUUUCGAUCAUUCAUCCGAGGAAUCUUUGUCAGAACCUUGAUGUGGAAGAAACCCGUCUCUGCAAAUCAGAGCUCUCGGGGCAUUGCCGGGUACCGCUUCUUAAUCCUGGUGGAACCGCGGGUAUUGAAUGAUCGAUUCUUGCUAAGCAGUUAGGCGAAUCUGCAGGAUUUGUGCUCAUGGAAUGUUCGAUCUACCGGUAAACCGGGAUCCAUGAUUUGAAGUAGGUCUUCGCUGUAGUACAUAAGGAACAUUUGCCGUCUGCAGACCAGGUUCUGAAGUUCAAUCAACAUUAAUUGACAUACUUACCUCUCCCGCAAUCUACCUACCUUCUCUCCUCCAAACACAUAAAAGACAAACAAAGCGAAAUGUCCGAAUCAACCCUCUUCACCCCCCUAAAGGUGGGCAACCUCCAACUCGCCCACCGCAUCACCCUCCCACCCAUGACCCGCUACCGCGUCACACCGGAAAACCACAUCCCCCUCGACAUGGUCACAGAGUACUACGCGCAACGCGCCAGCGUCCCCGGCACGCUCCUCAUCACCGAAGCAAUCCUCAUCUCGCAACGCACAGGAGUCUAUAAGAACGUCCCGGGCCUCUGGACCCCCGAGCAGAUUGCGCAAUGGCGCAAAGUCACCGACGCCGUGCAUGCCAAGGGCUCAUAUAUCUAUGCGCAACUCUGGACACUGGGCCGCGUUGCUGACAUCGAGGCUACGCGCGGGGAACUUGGCGACGAAGCUGGUGGGCAGUUGAUCUCCGCAAGCGAGGUGCCCUUCUACGAGGGCGUGGUCCCCCGCGCCAUGAGCGAGCACGAGAUCCAAGCCGUCAUCGCGGACUUUGCAUCCGCCGCGAAAAACGCAGUCGAAGCCGGCUUCGACGGCGUCGAGAUCCACGGCGCAAACGGCUACCUCGUCGACCAGUUCAUCCAGGGCGCCGUGAACAAGCGCACCGACCGCUGGGGCGGGAGCAUCGAGAACCGCGCGCGGUUCCCGCUCGAAGCCCUUCGCGCCGUCAUUGACGCCAUCGGCGCCGAGCGCACGGCGAUCCGAUACUCGCCCUGGAGUACCUUCCAGGGGAUGAGGCAGGACAGCGACGCGGAGCUGAUUGAGCAGUUUGGGUAUCUUGCCCGCGAGACGGCGAAGCUGGGCCUUGCCUAUGUGCAUGUUGUUGAGGCGCGGAUUGCGGGGAAUACGGAGACGGAUGAGCAUCCCGAUCGGAAUCUGGAGUUCUUUUUCCGUGAGUAUGGGCGUGCCGGUCCCAUUAUGGUUGCUGGCGGGUAUGUAGGGGAGUCGGCGAGGGAGGCUGUUGAUGUGCAGUACAAGGGGUAUGAUGUGCUUGUUGCGAUUGGGCGGCCGUGGACUGCGAACCCGGAUUUGCCGUUCAAGGUCAAGCAGGGAAUUCCGUUGAGGAAGUAUGAGCGCGAGCACUUUUAUACUGUGCGCAGUCCGAAGGGGUACAUUGAUUAUGAGUUUAGUGACGAGUUCAACGCGGCGGCGGCUGCUGCUUAGUUCUUGGUGUUUCGUUUUAUCUUUCGCAUAGCGUGCGGUUGCUGUUUUAGAUUUGGCAUAGAUGCUCAAUAGAUUUGCUUCGUUGAUAUGAUCUUGGGUUCAAUAGAGUUGAUAGCACUGUAACUCGGACAGCAUCCUUGAUAGACAGGUCUGGUUCUCAUGCUCUUCCGCAAGUGGGUU